ACUGCCAGGUUAUAGGUAGUACACACAUCUUAAACUGUUUAUUUUUUUUCUUACUCUCAUCCGUGUUCGUUCGCCGCAUUAUUAGCUUGUAGUUUUUUUUUUUUUCUUAAUUUAGACACUUUUAUUUCAAUUCUGCGACAUUUCCACGGCGGAUUAAAUGUAAUAUAAAUGUUUUUUACGUUCAACGGAAUCUCCAUCGAUCAUAUUACGAUGACAUACGGUUUUGUAAGCAUACAGCGACUUUUUGGCCAUUUCUGCAUCGCACUAUAACUGAACUCAAAGGUGCGCCUUGACGUUAUUUUGUGUAGACUUCACAACUUUCGUUGUGUAAAGCGGUAUCACAUUUUGGGAACCCGUUAUAAUCAAUCGUCAAAAUUGCAUUACUAACUUCAAGUUCAUGGCACAUAACACUAUCCUCGGGGCAAAAAUAUUCGAGCGACUUCACUUAGUUCACUUUCACUAAACCAAGUUUUGCAGGCAGUUCGGCAGUUCGCCUAUUCAGAAAUAAAUAUAAUUAUUUAUUAGUUCAUAAUUAAUUAAUUUAUUAUGAGUUUUGAUGAAUAUGAAACCAUACCAUCAUCUAAUGUGACUGAUCACAUGAUGGCUGGUGCCAUUGCAGGAAUUAUGGAACAUUGUGUAAUGUAUCCUUUGGAUUCUGUAAAGACUCGGCUGCAGGCAUUCAUGCCAUCUGGAAAUGUAGGGAAUCGAGGAAUUGGAACUGUCCUUUUCAAUAUGAUAAAGCAUGAAGGAUAUUUAAGACCAAUGCGCGGAAUGGGAACGGUUAUUAUAGGUGCUGGUCCUGCCCAUGCUCUCUACUUUGCAUCUUAUGAACAUUUGAAGCAAAAAAUUUCUCAUCAAACUCCUUUAAAUACGACAGUUUCUUCAGGUGUAGCUGGUUGUGUUUCAACUAUCAUACAUGAUGCAAUUAUGACUCCAACAGAUGUUGUUAAACAACGUUUGCAAAUGUCAAAUUCACCAUACAAUGGUAUUUUAAAUUGUGUGAGUUCGAUUUGGCGAACUGAAGGAUUAGGAGCAUUCUAUCGUUCAUACAUGGUACAAUUGUUCAUGAAUGCACCAUUUCAAAUUGUUCAUUUCAUGACAUAUGAGUAUUGUCAAAAUUUUUUGAAUCCAGAUAGGAUAUACAAUCCUUUAUAUCAUAUGAUAUCAGGAGGUGUUGCUGGUGGGCUUGCAGCUGCCAUAACAACACCAUUAGAUGUAUGCAAGACUUUGUUAAACACUCAAACCACAAAUGUGAGAGUUGAAGGUUUAUUCCGUGCAGUUACAACUGUGUAUACCUUAGGUGGCCCUGGAGGAUUUUUCAGAGGUAUGAUAGCUCGUGUCUUAUAUCAAAUGCCGUCAACAGCUAUAUCUUGGACGACUUAUGAAUUUUUCAAAUUUGUAUUAAUGAAGAAAUCAAACAUUUCUGAUGAUCGACCACCUCCUCCUCCUCCUCCAAUAAAUUCAGCAUUAAUAAAUGAAAAAAUUACAAAAAAAACUAGCGUUCGAUGUGAUUUGCCUGUAGCUUCAAGAUCACGUAUAUAUAGUCAUUAUACAGUUAGAGAUGAUGGGUCUAAAGGUCAGCAAAUUUAGGUUAGUAUUGAGUUACCUGGUUUAAACUAGUAUAUUGUGGGCAGACAUUAGUUUAUUAUGUAUACAAAUUGUUUUUAAAUUAGGUUUGUUAUUAAUUGCAUAGUGUUGCGUAUCCAAGUUAAAUCUUCUAGUUUCUGAUGUUCUGUAUUAAAUUAUAAAAUGUAUAAAGAAAAAAAAUAUAGAAAUUAAAAAGCACAAAGCUGUUAAU